GUGUCUUAUCGCGUCCGGUUUCAUUCAUAACUAAGAUCGGCAUUUAACGCCCAAAUUAAACUAUGCGGAGAAGGCUGACGCUAUUUGCGUGUGAUGGACAGCGUCAAAUGGACCACAUGAAGUAACCCAGAAUAAGGGUUCACUCUCUCUGACCUGGACCAUGAGCAAUGACUCGCCUGUACUGACAAGCCUGACGGAGAACUCCACCGAGGUGCCAGUGUCGGCAGGACGGGUGGAGGACUAUGUGAUCCUGCUGGUCCUGCUGUGUGUGUUCGCUGGAGGUUCACUGAUCCUUCUCUCCGUGCUGUUGCUGUUCUGUCACCGUUGCUCUGUGGGCAGCCGCCGCUACUCCAGGGCCAGUGAUGAUCCAGAGAAGACUAAUACCACCUAUGUGGAGGAUUCACAGCCCACACAAGACAUCACUAUAAGGCUAGAUGAGUCAGAUGCUCUCUCACCGUCUAGCUGCCAUGAUGAAGAUACAGACAGGUUCAUGUCCACCUGCUCUACUGGCCGCCGUGUCUCCUUCAAUGAGUCAGCUCUUUACGAAAAGGAGAGCAAGACUCAGGACAAAGGACGCAGAUACACCCUCACAGAAGGGGACUUCCAUCACCUGAAGAAGGCCCGUCUGACCCACCUCCCCCUGGCCCCCCCUCCCUCUACCCUGAAGAUCCUCACCAUCAUGGAGUGUGAGUCUACAGAGAGCAGCAGCCUCAACGUCAACGAACCACCCACUCCCAAACUCCCACUGUACCCCCUCUACCAGUCUUCUGAGAGGGCUGGGCCCGCCUGGUUGGGCCAGAGCUCUGGUAGUGCCCUCCCUGGAGACAUCCACCACUACAUCCUACUGGACUCCAGACUCAACCACAGUCCACCAAUCCUGUGCCCCCCAACCCCCCGCUCCAGAACCACGGAGGCCGUAGGGGAUGGACCAUGGGUUAGGACAGAAGGAGAGAGGGAGAUUACAGGGACGAGAGGAGUGAGGGGAACGUCUCCGGCCCCCGUCCACCGGGGUUCCGUUCUGCACUUCUUCUGCAAACUGAGACGGCAUGCCAGCUUGGAGGGGGCCGGGCCUUACUUCAGGAAGUGGAAGUUUGACAGCAGCCAUCGUGCCGCCAGUCUAGACGCGAAAGGCUCUCCUAAGAGACGUCCAUUCCAGAGACAGAGAGCAGCCAGUGAUAACACAGACCCAACUGAAGAGGACUCACCCCCUCCUCACCCUUCUCCCCCUCUCCGCCGUGACAUCAUCCAGCCCCUCCCCCCCGCACACAGCCAGAGCAGCGGCCUCCAGCGUCUCUCUGCAGGGUCGCUAUCGUCCCCCACCUGCCCACCCUCACCCUGUCUCAGCAGGUUAGAGGUGGAGGCGGUGGUAGAGACUGCCAGCAGCAGCAGGACAGAGAGAAACGCAACUCACCCUCCACCAGAGCCCCCUGAGACCAAAGAGAGAGGGCAAGAGCCUGGGGAGGAAGCGACGGGAACAGGGACAGGGUUAUGGAGAGAAGAUGGGGCAGUGACAAGAACAGAAGCAAGAGAGGAGGUCAAUGAAUGGGUUGGGCCAGGAGAAGAGUCAGAUGAAGAUGAAGAGGAAGAGACAGAUAUUUUAGGGACAGAACAAAGGGUGGGUAUGGGAUCAGAGAUAAUGGAAGGUCUGUGUGCAGACGAAGCCCAAGAGGGAGGAGAAAGUUUCCAGGCAGAGCUAGGAGCUGAGGCAAGGAUAAGGGCAAGGACUAAGGAUGGGUUGGGGGCCACUCCAAAUACAGAAGCAGGGAUGGGGGUAAGAGCCAAGACAGGGGUAGGGGCUGUUCUGGGAACAGAAAGAGAGGUCGAGAUAGGAGACAGGUUUGAGUCAACGUUAGAGGUGGGGGCAAUAACAGGGGCAGAAUUAGAAGUUGAGGCAGGGCUAGGGGCAUCAGGGGUGAGGAUAAAGGCAGAUUCUGGAUCAGGGUUAGAAGGGGUGCUAAGUGCUGGAGCAGGGCCAGGGUUAUGGGAAGAUCCAGGGCCUCGAUCAAGGUUUGGGUCUGGGGUGUGUAUCAGUCGACAGGAGAGCUCUGAGACCCAGCCCUCUCUGUACAGAGACAUCUGGAGCCUGCGAGCCUCUCUGGAGCAGUAUGCCUCCUCUGACCAGAGCAGCACAGACAGGGAGUCCAUACGCAGCGACGCCGACAGCGUGUGUUCACUAGGAGGCGCUGCAGCCCGGUCCGGCUUUGCUGCCUGCCUCUCCCAGGACCUUGGCGACGAACUGGAGGAAGAAUGGGAGUAUGGGGACACGGGAAGGGAGGGGGGGAGACAGAGGACAGAGGGAGACAGAGGGGGAGGCAGAAUACAGGGACACUGGAAGAAAGAUUGGGCACAGGGGGGUCCAGAGGAGAGAUAGUGAGGGGGGAGGAGGAGGAGAAGGGGGAACCGGGGUAGGAGGAGGAGGUGAAGGGGAGGCGGG